AUGAAGUCCGCAUUCUACGAUAAAUCUUUACGGGUCCAGGUUCGUGAUGUUCCCGUUCCCGUUCCCGGUCCCGGUCACAUCUUGAUUCGAACCGUUGUCUCCGGCACCAAUCCCAAGGAUUGGAAACAACCUCAAAUAUGGGCACCUGAGGCAGAGCCUUUCAACCAUGGUGAUGAUAUUGCCGGGUAUGUGGAAGCCGUUGGAGAAGGUGUCCUUGGCUUCCGGCCUGGAGAUCGUGUUGCUGCUUUUCACGAACUGCGUGCCCCCCAUGGGAGUUUUGCCGAGUACUCGGUCGCUCGGGCAAAGUCUACCUUUCAUUUGCCGGCGCAUACUAGCUUUGAAGAAGCUGCGACUAUCCCUCUCGCCGCCAUGACCGCAUCACUCGGCCUUUACCAGAGACUGGGUUUACCCCUCCCUUGGAAGCCAGCUACGACCCGACUGCCCUUUAUUGUAUACGGAGGUGCCAGUGCGGUAGGAGCAUACGCCAUCAAGCUUGCCGUAUUAUCUAACAUUCACCCCAUUGUCGCUGUGGCCGGUAAUGGUGUAUCUUUCGCGGAGUCCCUGCUGGAUAAAUCGAAGGGAGAUACUGUAAUCGAUUAUCGGAAAGGCAAUGAUCAUGUCGUUGAAGGCCUGCGCACAGCUGCCGGAAGUGACGUUAGAUUUGCCUUCGAUGCAGUGUCCGAGAAAGAGAGCAUAGCCAAUCUCGAUAGGGUUUUGGCAAAGGGCGGUCAGAUUGCGACGGUUCUGACGCCGGACAUGGUCGUUGGUGGUCGAGAGGAUUCCGGGCAUACGAAGAUUCUCUUUACCCUGGUUGCAACGGUGCAUUCCGACGUGCCCGAAGAAGCUCAGUCCGCGGGCCAAAAACUAGGGGACAGUGAGUUUGGGGCCAUGUUUUUCCCCCUCCUGGGACGUGGCUUGGCGGAGGGUUGGUUUACAGGUCACCCGUUUGAAGUCGUUGAUGGCGGUCUUGAUGGUUUGGAAGCCGCCUUGGGUUUGCUGCAGGGGGGCAAGCUUUCCGCGAAAAAGGCGGUUCUGCGCAUCGGCGAUACCAAUGGGGUAGAAACGAAGGGGUAG